AUGAUGCUGAUCAGUUCUCUUUUGUUGAUCUCUCUCCCGGCCGUGACACCGACUCUUAGCCCAGCAGGCGAAGCUUCUGACGAGAGGACCCUUUUCUAUGGCCCCGCAUCAGAGCAUCUGAGUCAGUGGGUUUCGUACCUGCGACUUAAAGCAGUCGUUAAAGAGAAAGCUUACGAUUGUAAACGAAUCCACUAUUGCACAAAAGGGGCUAUCGAGUCCCUGCUGUUCCCGUCGCAUCCAGUCCUCGAUGAUCUCAUGAGAUUCCUGUCGAAGAACCAUCAGGGUAUCCUCGGGGCUAUGGCCAACGGUUUCUUGCGCAAGGACUGCGAGAAGCUCUACCCCAAGUGCUCGAUGAAAAUUCGCAUCAAAACCAGCAAGAUACCGUGCGAGUCGGGGGAGGCCUGUUUCAGAAUUAGUCACUUCGGGUUGGACACGAGCUCGGACGAGGAAACUGAUCCACACAAGUUGAAACAGGGGACGCUCGAUGCGAAAGUCGCUGAGGUUCCGAACAACACGAUCGAGUCCGCCGAAUCGAACUCCUGA